GCCCAGGGGACAGUCAGGGACAGGCAGACAUGCAGCCAGGGCUCCAGGGUCUGGACAGGGGCUGCCAGGCCCCGUGACAGGAGGACCCCGAGCCCCUGGCCCGGGGAGGGGCCAUGGUGCUGCCUGUCCAACAUGUCAGCCGAGGUGCGGCUGAGGCAGCUCCAGCAGCUGGUGUUGGACCCCGGCUUCCUGGGGCUGGAGCCCCUGCUCGACCUUCUCCUGGGCGUCCACCAGGAGCUGGGUGCCUCCGAACUGGCCCAGGACAAGUACGUGGCCGACUUCUUGCAGUGGGCGGAGCCCAUCGUGGUGAGGCUUAAGGAGGUCCGACUGCACAGGGACGACUUCGAGAUUCUGAAGGUGAUCGGACGCGGGGCGUUCAGUGAGGUAGCGGUGGUGAAAAUGAAGCAGACGGGCCAGGUGUACGCCAUGAAGAUCAUGAACAAGUGGGACAUGCUGAAGAGGGGCGAGGUGUCGUGCUUCCGUGAGGAGAGGGACGUGUUGGUGAAUGGGGACCGGCGGUGGAUCACGCAGCUGCAUUUCGCCUUCCAGGAUGAGAACUACCUGUACCUGGUCAUGGAGUAUUACGUGGGUGGGGACCUGCUGACACUGCUGAGCAAGUUUGGGGAGCGGAUUCCGGCCGAGAUGGCGCGCUUCUACCUGGCGGAGAUUGUCAUGGCCAUAGAUUCGGUGCACCGGCUCGGCUACGUGCACAGGGACAUCAAACCCGACAAUAUCCUGCUGGACCGCUGUGGCCACAUCCGCCUGGCCGACUUCGGCUCCUGUCUCAAGCUGCAGGCAGAUGGAACGGUGCGGUCACUGGUGGCUGUGGGCACCCCAGACUACCUGUCCCCCGAGAUCCUGCAGGCUGUGGGCGGUGGGCCUGGGACAGGCAGCUACGGGCCAGAGUGUGACUGGUGGGCGCUGGGUGUGUUCGCCUAUGAAAUGUUCUACGGGCAGACGCCCUUCUACGCGGAUUCCACGGCGGAGACCUACGGCAAGAUCGUCCACUACAAGGAGCACCUCUCUCUGCCGCUGGCAGACGAAGGGGUCCCUGAGGAGGCUCAAGACCUCAUCCAGCGUCUGCUGUGUCCCCCGGAGACACGGCUGGGCCGGGGUGGAGCAGGUGACUUCCGGACACAUCCCUUCUUCUUUGGCCUCGACUGGGAUGGUCUCCGAGACAGCAUGCCCCCCUUUACACCGGAUUUCGAAGGUGCCACUGACACAUGCAACUUCGACUUGGUGGAGGACGGGCUCACUGCCAUGGUGAGCGGGGGCGGGGAGACGCUGUCGGACAUUCGGGAAGGUGCGCCACUGGGGGUCCACCUGCCUUUCGUGGGCUACUCCUACUCCUGCAUGGCCCUCAGGGACAGUGAGGUCCCAGGCCCCACACCCAUGGAACUGGAGGCCGAGCAGCUGCUUGAGCCACACGUGCAAGUGCCUAGCCUGGAGUCCUCAGUGUCCCCACGGGAUGAAACAGCUGAAGUGGCAGUUCCAGCGGCUAUCCCUGCGGCAGAGGCUGAGGCCGAGGUGACGCUGCGGGAGCUCCAGGAGGCCCUGGAGGAGGAGGUGCUCACCCGGCAGAGCCUGAGCCGGGAGAUGGAGGCCAUCCGCAUGGCCAACCAGAACUUUGCCAGUCAACUACGCGAGGCAGAGGCUCGGAACCGGGACCUAGAGGCGCACGUACGGCAGUUGCAGGAGCGGAUGGAGUUGCUGCAGGCAGAGGGAGCCACAGCUGUCACGGGGGUCCCCAGUCCCCGGGCCACGGAUCCACCUUCCCAUCUAGAUGGCCCCCCGGCCGUGGCUCUGGGCCAGUGCCCGCUGGUGGGGCCAGGCCCCAUGCACCGCCGCCACCUGCUGCUCCCUGCCAGGGUCCCUAGGCCUGGCCUAUCGGAGGCGCUUUCCCUGCUCCUGUUCGCCGUUGCUCUGUCUCGUGCCGCCGCCCUGGGCUGCGCUGGGUUGGUGGUCCACGCCGGCGAACUCACCGCAGUCUGGCGCCGCCCGGGAGCCGCUCGCGCUCCCUGAACCCUAGAACUGUCUUCGACUCCGGGGCCCCGUUGAAAGACUGAGCGCCCGGGGCACGGCAAAGAAGCCGCGCCCACCGCCUGCCAGUUCACACCGCUCCGAGCUUGGGUCUCCGCCCAGCUCCAGCCCUGUGAUCCGGGCCCGCCCCCUAGCGGCCGGGGAGGGAGGGGCCGGGUUCGCGGCCGGCGAACGGGGCUCGAGGGGGCCUUGUAGCCGGGAAUGCUGCUGCUGCUGCUGGUGGGGGAUCGCAGACCACUUCUUUCGGCCAGGCUGAGGCCCUGACGUGGAUGGGCAAACGGCAGGCCUGCGAAGGCAGCAAGCUGGGUCGUCCGUGUUCCACUUUCCACGCACCCCCACCUACCGUCGGUUCGCAAACUGCAAAUCUUCCCUUGUGCAUGACGCCCUGCUCUCUGGGGAGCGUCUGGCGCGACCUCUGCCCGCUUACUCGGGAAAUUUGCUUUUGCCAAACCCGCUUAUUCGGGGAUCCCGCGCCCCCCUCCUCACGUGCGCAGCUCUCGGAGCCCGAGCCGGCUCUGACUGCUUCGGCGGUUUGGAUAUUUAUUGACCUCGUCCUCCGACUCGCUGACAGGCUGCAGGACCCCGAACACCCCAAUCCACGUUUUGGAUGCACUGAGACCCUGAUAUUCCUCGGUAUUUAUUGUCUGUCCCCACCUAGGACCCCACCCCCGACCCUCGCGAAUAAAAGGCCCUCCAUCUGCCCAAA